AUAAAUGAAAUAUUUUAAGGUCAAGCCUCCUUGACCAGUUUGUCCAUGUUUGCUCCUGUUACAAGCAUCAAGAUGAAAGAAAAUCCAGUAAAACUAGUUUGAAGUCACCACUAAAAUCUUGGAGGUCAACAGGUCUUUGCAGGUGGGUGUGGAGGAGAUGGUAUAAAAGGGCCGAGGUUCAGACAGCUGCAUCUUCUGCUUGGAGCUCCUGUGGGUUAAGAAGGAAACUUUCCAUUUCUGCAACCAUGAACAAACUGUGGAUCAUUGCUCUGGUGGUUACCUUUCUCUCACCAUCCUGUGCAUUUCCAGAUAAAAAAACGGUUAAAUCCGAACAAUAUGCAGUCCAAUAGAGCUAAAAAACACUCAAAUCUGAACAACAUGCAGUCCAAUAGAGACGCGAAGUUUCUAUUUUCCUCUGAAUACUACUGUUGGACUCAGUGGUUUGACAGAGACGAUCCUACUGCGACUGGAGACUGGGAGACUCUUUCGGACCUACUGAAGCAGUUCCCCGAUAAAGUCUGCCCAAAUCCUAUCGACAUUGAAGCCACGACUCUGUCUGGGACUCCUGCAGACCAGACCGGAGAAGUCUUCUUUAAGUAUGACACGACAUCAGGAUUUGUCUGCAGAAAUGAAGACCAAAACGGAGGGAUGUGCAAAGAUUACAGAGUUCGCUUCAGCUGCCCCUCUUCCUACUGUACUGAAAAAGUGUGCUGGACUGAGUGGUUUGAUCGGGACAAUCCCUCUGGUACUGGAGACUGGGAGGAUUUGAGUGACCUCAGAAAGGAAAACCCAGGAAAGAUCUGUGAAACUCCUCAGUACAUUGAGGCUCAAACCACAGGACUUUUUUCCACUUCGGCCCCAUUCACUGGGCAAAAGUUCUACAUGUUCAACCCUACCAAGGGCUUUGUUUGCCGUAACAACGACCAGAAUUCCAAGGAAUGCCUGGACUACCAGGUCCGGUUUGGAUGCUGUUAGUGAACCGUCAAUCCAGGCUGACGAGAGUGUUAAGGAUCCUCUCUUUCCAUCCUUAAUACUGACAUCUUUUGGUAUUUUUUUUCUCUCCACUGAUUGAUUCAAUCUGGGUAAAAGGGCUAAUCUCUUCUGUCAUUUGUUUCUCCCUGUGGGUGUAAAAAAAUCAACAAAAUAAAUAUGA